AUGACUUAUCAAUGAACUUCUAUCACAAGAAUUUGCUUAUCUCUUUACCAAGACUCUACUACAAUGAAAAAUAUUGAAAUAGAUGAGAACUCAAUAACAACUUCUGAUUUUCGGGUGAUUCUUAAGAAACUCAGGGUUGAGAAUCGAUUGGUUAAAUUUAUGAUAAAAGAAAUCAAAGAUCUAUUUAAAUCGAACUUUUUGCACAGAAGAUAUAUGGUUGUAUUGCUUCAUUUCUUAAUUUCUGAAAUGCCUUUUAUUGACAAAGAUAGUCUUAUUGCCUUACUAAAGGAAUCGAAUGAAGAGAUUGUAAAUAUCGUUCAUAAUAGCAUCAUUGACUUGUCUUAUUUAUCUGAGCACCAGAUCUUUAUGAGUCUUGUUAGCCAAACUGAUAUUUUAAUAAAAGAAGCCUUAAUUGGUAUAGAAGACUUAGGUGCUCUGCAAACAAAUUACAUAAGAAAAAUAAAACAGUAUGAUUAA